CAGGAUAGCAUGAAAUUGCAAAUUUUUAUUAAAGUUUAGUUCAGUCUUUUUUUUUAACCGAGAUGAAAGCUGUAUUUUUGUUGCUGGUUGUAAAGGUUGUGUCCAUACAUGGACAUGGUUUUCUAAUGGACCCUCCUUACAGGGCUUAUGCCGCGGGACACACCACACCCCAAGGAAUGAACUGUGGAGGGAUUUCGCACCAAUGGGACUCCAGUGGAGGUGUAUGUGGUGUCUGUGGCGAUGCUUAUGGUGGAGUUGAAAAUAACAUGGCUGGUGGUAAAUUUGCUACUGGUGCUGUCACGGCAACUUAUACUCAAGGUCAGACUAUCGAUGUCACAAUCAAAAUCACUGCCAACCAUCUUGGAUUCUUUAACUUUAGUUUAUGUGUAAACAACGACUUCUCAAAGAAAAUAACAGAGGAAUGUCUGUCAGAACAUCCACUAACCAUCACAGAUCCAGACAAUGGGUUCACUGGAUUAGAAUGGGACCUCCCUGGUCAUGUGACUCUAAAAACUCUCCAACUACAUCUACCAGACGAUGUGCACUGUACACAAUGUGUUCUUAGAUGGUAUUGGAAAGGAGGAAAUAAUUGGGGUAGAGAUCCUGUUACUGGUAUAGGAUGUAAGGGAUGUGCAGUAAAACAGGAAUGUUUCGUCAACUGUGCUGACAUAGAAAUUGUUAGUAAUGGACAACCUGCAACGACCGCCCGACCAGCUGCCACAACCAAAGCCACUACCGCGAAUGAUGUUGGUGAUGGAGCUGGUGGAUGCCCAGGCACGAUGGCACCCACUCCAAUGAACGGCAAACAAUGUACAGCAAAAGAUACCAGUCAACAAGAUGUCGUUCUUUUCUGUCAGAACAUGUGCUCCAAAUCGACAUUUUGUCCAAAAUCACACUGUGCUUGCAUGUAGAAUUGACUUAUGACAGGAGACAACAUAACAAUAAUCAGUUUAUAGCAUAUCAAUUUCUGUUUUCCUUUAAUCACAUAUCUUAGAACUAUAUCUCCUAUAGGAAACCGAUUCACAGACUAAACAAAUACAAUACAAAAAAAUAUUUACCAAGUUAUGAUCUUCUUCUCCCUUUAUUAUGUUUUUGGCGAUCAGAAAUUCAAAGUUGUCCCAAGAUAUCUCUUUUGGUAUUUAUUUGUUUUAGAUUUUUAGUUGUGUUAAGUUUUUGCAUGAUUUCGCUUAGUUUUUGUUUCAGCAGAUUCCCUAAAUUUUGUUUUAAAACUAUUUGUACAUUAAAUACUUCGAUCAUGUCUCUGAUGUUAAAUGAACUAUCUACUGAAACAUCUGUUUUCUCAAAAUGAAAGACAAAUAAAUCUACUUUAAUAACUCGA